AUGCAAGCGAAGGAGUUUAUUUGCGUCGCUGGUAGGAAUUGCCCCUCCAUAAGUAGCAGAAGCAGCAGAAGCAGAAGCAGCAGUUACAGUUACACGAACAGCCCAACCAAACCCCCUGCGAAAUUCACUAACUUUCGUCUCUACUCAACAGACUCCCGCAAGCUUCAAUCUCGCCUCCUCACCAACUGGAAGUACAUCCCUAUCGAGGUCGCUCCCAUUGCCGCCUUCCGCGUCCUUAGAAAACUGACCGAGCUCGGCUCCAUCAACCCAACCAUUCGCUCCAACUCCAACCCUAAGGAGGGCAACUUGAAGACUGACCAGGACUUCUUCCUCAUCGAUGCGCCCUUCCCGCCCAUGCUUAUUCAAGCUGAUCUUGACGGCGGUCUCAAAGGAACCGGCACCGGCGGCGUCUGGGAGGUUGCUCGUCUUGCGCGCGAGAUUAAGCAGAUUGCUGGUGUUCUGGAGGUUGGCAUCUUCUCCGGCCAGACCGGUCCCCAGGCUACUGCCGCCGGAGGUGUUGGUGGUCAGCGCCCUGUUGCCGCUUACUUUGGUAUGCCCGACGGUUCUGUCUCGGUGCGCAAUGCUAUUCAGUAG